AUGAGAUACGUACUCCUGUUAGGUUCUUUUAUAGUGCUUUUAGUGCAGACAGUAGUCACAGAGGGUGAUGAAAACUACCGCUUGCCGAAUAACACUUACCCUUUGAGGUAUAACCUCGAACUAACCACUAGCAUUCACAAUGAUUCCAUCGGUUCGGAUCGCUUCAAAUUCGAAGGGAAAGUGACAGUACAGUUGAUGACAGAGGAUCAGAUUGUAACGAAUAACAUCACACUGAACUACCGUCGUAUAGAAAUAAAGCACGUUAAACUGUGGUAUGAGCAAGGUGGCGCGGAGCACAUAAUUUUAAAUGACAAUUCCAGUUUUACGCUGGAUGAACAGCGAGAGUUUUUGACCAUACACUCUCCGCUGCCACUUGAAGGAAUGUAUUAUUUAGAAAUUCACUAUAACGGCACAUUACGCGAAGACAAUGCCGGAUUUUAUCGAUCAUCGUACACGGACGACAGUGGCGUAAUCCGGUGGCUAGCUGCAACACAGUUUUCAUCGACAGAUGCGCGACACGCAUUUCCUUGUUACGACGAACCCGGAAUACGGGCCCCAAUAGCGUUGCGUGUUAUUCAUGGCACUGAUUAUUCGGUACUUUCCAACGGUCUUUCAAUCAAUCAACAGCAGCACACAUCGGAAGGAAUGACCAUAACGACAUUCGAGGAUACACCACGGAUGCAGUCUUACCUACUGGCGGUUAUCGUUAGUGACUUUCAAGGAACGGUUCUACCGGCUUACUCUAGGCAUAGUGCAUUUUCUCGCCCCAUUAGUAUUAGCACGAACUCAUCCGAUUUUAUUUUGGAAGCGAGCUACAAAACACUUAACUUUUUGGAACAGUUUUUAGAAACCGACUACAUUCUUCCUAAAAUGUACCACGUAGCAAUUCCUGAUUUUUCAGCCGGUGCCAUGGAAAACUACGGCCUGAUUACAUAUAAGGAAGAAAACUUUUUCUAUACCUCCGGAAUGUCGCCUAUGAAGCAGCUCAAGAGUAUUGCUACUGUUGUUGGCCACGAAAUCGGACACCAUUACUUUGGAAACUAUGUGUCACCAGCUUGGUGGAGCUAUCUGUGGAUGAAAGAAGGAUUUGCGAGAUUUUGUGAGUACCAUGCAUCGCAUCAUGUAUAUCCAGAGCUGGAAAUCGGCCAAACCUAUACAGUGGAUAAAACGCACAAUGCGUUUGACAUGGAUUCACUCAAUUCAGUGCGUCCGAUGACGCAGUACGUUAAUACACAGUUUGAAAUCGCCAGCAUAUUCGACGAUAUUGCUUAUGAUAAGGGAGGUGCUGUUCUACGGAUGUUUUCUCACGCCUUCGGAGAAGAAGUAUUCCGGAAAGCUCUUGUUAAUUAUCUACAAGCAAACGCGCUACAAGCGGCACAUCCCAUACAGUUUGCUGAAGCCAUUCAGAAAGCGUUAGAUGAGUUAUCAACAUCCUCUAAUGAUUUACCAAAUGCAGACGACUUGUUAAAGUCGUGGACUGAACAAGCAGGGUUUCCAGUACUGCACGUCUCUCGAACAUCUAACUGCACUAUCGUCAUGUCUCAAAAGAGAUAUUUACUAAAAGAUAGCAACAGUUUGAAUAAUGCAACAUGGAUUUUACCGUACAGUUUUACGUCGGCAGUCGAUCCAUCGUUCGAAAGUACAAUUCCUGAUGGGUGGCUUACGACGACCACAAACGAGAUUUUUCCAAGCAAGGAGCAAAACUGGUCUUGUAACGAUUGGAUAGUUUUCAACAAGCAACAAACGGGAUAUUAUCGAAUCAACUACGACGAUGAUCUAUGGCAUAUGAUAACUAAAGUACUUCACGAAUCUCAUACGAUUAUUCAUAAUAUGAAUCGGGCACAGCUUAUAGAUGAUGCCUUAAAUAAUGCACGCUCUGGACGUUUGAGCUACGAGAUUCCGUUGCAGCUAUUGCCAUACUUAUCAGAAGAACUGAAUUAUGUGCCAUGGGCUGCAUUGGAUCGUAAUAUGCGACUGCUGAAUACUCUUCUUAGUACUUCAGAAGCAGUCUCCCUAUGGCAUCGUUACUGCCUGGAAUUUAUCGAACCCAUCUACAAUCGCAUAGGCAUUACAACGCGUCCUGAGGACUCAUUAUUCCAACGUAUGACACGAGGAAUUGUUGUUUCAUGGGCUUGCAAAGCAGGAUCACCACAUUGUUUAAACAACAUGGCAUCGAUGCUCACAGCGAUGGUGGAAAAUGCAACAACCGAUGCGGAUCCUGACAUGAGAGAAACAAUAAUUUGCAAUGGUCUUCGUAACGCGUCGGACUAUGCAUUCGAUGUAAUUUGGGAGCGCAUGCAAGCUUCGAAAGAUCACGCUUACCGUUCUGAGCUCAUUCGAGCUUUAAGUUGUUCACAAAACGAAGCUGCUCUGUUGCGAUUCCUUCAUACCACAAUUGAAACAAAUAGCACUAAUUAUUUCACGCAUGAGCGCGAAAGAGUUCUGACCGCGGUUUUUAGCAGUGGAUUAGUCGGCAUGGACAUUGCCAUCACAUUUUUCGAAACCAAUAUGGACGAGAUUAAUUACCUUUACAACAAGGGAAACUUUGGUGGUAGAGCUAUCAGUCAAGCAGUGAGAAGAAUGGCAAAACUAAUAGUCAACGAAAACACGUUCAUACGGUUGCAAACACUCAUGGAACAACUUUUGAAGGCAGAAUAUUUACGAGAUGCAGAUGUGUCACAGUGCCUUGAACUGUCUACUGACAAUCUUGAAUGGAUACAGACUAAAGGAAUGGAAAUUCAACGUUGGUUGGAAGAACGUUUCUACGGCUGA